AUGCGGAUAAAAGUCCGGCUACGAAAUAUAUUGGGGCGUUUCUUCAAUUCUAAUAGUAAUGAUGUCAGUUCUUCAUCAUAUUAUUCUGGUGCAGGAGAAAUUAGUUCGCCAUAUAAUACAGUUCAUCGAAUACAUGUUGGCUAUGAUGGAAAAAAAUUCACUGGUUUACCUCAGCCUUGGAUGGAUACAUUACUUCGGGAUAUUAGUGAAGCAGACCAAAAGAAGAAUCCAUCAGCAGUUGUAUCAGCUCUAAAGUUUUAUGCGAAAACUGUGAUGGCACAGGAAGCUGAUAAACAAAAGUUUAUGAUUACGAAUUCACAGCUGCCAUUUGAUGACGAAAAUGAUGAGGAAUCUUCUGUUUUGGCAAUUAUGAAAACUACACCAAAACUUAAUAAUGUGACGAAUAAUCGUUCAGCCGAAAUUUCUCUGGAAUUACCAACUACAGUAACUAAUGAAGUGAAAAAAACUACUCCGCUGAUAGCACUUCCUAAUCAUUUUCAGCAGCCGAUUGCACCUCCAUUACCGCCAAUACGGAAUUCGGUCAGUACUGCCGCUAUUGGUGAAGGGAAUGUUGAAGCUAUACAAGAGGAGAUAUCUACAAAAUCAAUGAGUUGUGCUCGUAAAACACCUCCUCCUUUACCUCCUAAACCAGCGCAUUUGAAACCAUCAUGUUCACAUGGUGAGCAAUUGGCAUUGCAACAAAAUGGUCGAAAUAGCUCUUCGUCGCUUAAAUUCAUUAGCGAUAUCGAUGCAAAUACUAUUUUACAGAAUGCAACAGAUGAAUUAGUUGCAGUAGUAAAUCAUUCGGGAAGUGUUGUUCCAGAAAUCAAGAAUUUGAACACAGUUAAUAGCAAUAACGAUUCAUCUAAUGGUGUUUGUGAAAAUGUGCAAGUAAGAAAAAGGACGCAAGCAAGGAAAGGAAUGGAUGAAACGGCAAACAAGUCUUUACGUCAGCGGCCUACUGAUCAGGAAAUAUUGGAAGAGCUGAAAAACAUAGUAAAUGAUGGUGAUCCUACAGAUCGGUAUGAACUACUUCAAAGAAUUGGCGUAGGUGCAUCUGGCCGUGUUUACACUGCUUGUGAUAAAGUCACUAAUGAAGUCGUUGCCGUAAAGCGCAUGGCAUUUAAAAGUCAACCCAAAAAAGAAUUAUUGUUGACUGAAAUUAAAGUUAUGCAGAAAUAUAAACAUGAGAACUUGGUCAAUUAUAUUGACAGUUUUUUGGUAGAUGCCGAUGAUUUAUGGGUUGUGAUGGAUUAUUUAGAAGGUGGCAAUUUGACAGAUGUUGUUGUCAAAACAGAAUUAGAUGAGGGACAAAUUGCUGCAGUUUUGAAGGAAUGCUUACAUGCACUUCAUUUUUUACAUAGAUUAAAAUUUCACAGCCACGGCAUCAUUCAUCGUGAUAUCAAAUCAGAUAAUGUCUUGCUGGGAAUGCAGGGUGCUGUAAAGUUAACUGAUUUCGGGUUUUGUGCUCAAAUCCAGCCAGGAUCAAAAAGGGCGACAAUGGUUGGGACACCGUAUUGGAUGGCUCCGGAAAUCGUUAAUAAAGUGAAGUAUAGUUAUAAAGUUGAUAUUUGGUCGCUUGGAAUAAUGGCACUAGAAAUGCUUGAUGGAGAACCACCAUAUCUUUAUGAAACUCCUAUUAAACAGGAACAAUACGUUAAAGCCAUACGUAUAUUUUUGUUAGUUUUUCUUCUGUUUUUGGAAAUGUUAUCACGAAUUUGUGAUUUCUUACAGGCAAUAUAUUUGAUAGCUCAAAAUGGGAAACCAGAAGUGAAGAAAAAAGACUCGCUUUCUCCAGAAUUUAAUGACUUCUUAGAUCGUUGUUUAUGUGUGGAACAAGAGGAUAGAGCAGAUGCUGAAGAAUUGUUGCAGCAUCCAUUUAUUCAAAUCGCAAAACCAUUGAGUUCGCUUAUCGCCUACAUACGUGCGGUUAAAGAAUUGAAACAGCAGCAGAAUUAA